GCCGGUUGGAUUUAGAUUUGGCCUAUACUUGGCUUCGCUCGGAAGGCCCGGCCGGGCCGCGUGCGACUAGCAUGGAUGAGCUGAGUGGCGAGAACCUGGAGCCGGACCUUUGCAAGGAUGGCCUGCAGCGGCGGAAGAUCCAGGAGGCCCAAGCUGACAUCAGCGCGGCGCCCUCUGGCUUCUACUUCGGGGAGGAGCAGACGGAGAAGUCGGAGGACACCGUGUAUCCCAGGUUCGACAUGUUUCCGGAGCAUUUGCGCAUCGGCCCAUGGUCCCGGCUCGCAGCGCCCUACCUUCCAGCGCCACCUCCGCCGGCUGGGCCGCUCCAGCUCCAAAGGCCCACGGCAGGCUGCAGACCAAGCAGCAAGCCACCAGCAGCCUCCCGGCCCAAGAGGUGUGGCCCGGUCUCCAUGUACGUGGCGGGGGUGCAGGCCUAUGUGGGCUACAAAUUCCAGUGGUGGCCCUUCCUGACUUACACCUGCUGGUCCUACGCGCUGCUCAACUUGCAUCUGCUGCUCCACGCGGUGCAGCUGCCGCGGAGCGCGGAGAUCCUGCGGUUCCCGGUGCUGGCCAUGGCCACGGUGACCACCUUCGUUUGGUGGCUCGUGCUGGUUCCCAUCCUGGUUUCGCUCACUGAAGGGAAGUCCCGCAAGGAGUUCAUCAAGUUGAACUUCAGCUUUUUCCUGGUCAACAUGCACCUGUUCAACUUCCCUUUGGCACUUGCCGGCCACUUGCUGGCCCCGCGCAAGCUGGUUUUCGCUGAUUUCUGGGUGGCGGCAGUUAUCGCCAUCCUGUACCUGCUCUUCUAUUUGCUGGCCCUGGACCCGAGAGGUGUGCACCUCUACAUCAUCUUGACGCCUCGGCAGUGGUGGUGUGUCCUCUGCUACUCGGGCAUCCUGGGCCUCUAUGUGGGUCUCUUCUGGAUCUUUAGCUGAGCCAAGAGAAAGCCCGAGGUCAGCCAGGGGCAAGACACCGAAUGCCGAAAGCUCCACUUGAAAGGCUCUGGCUGCUUGAGAAGCCUCGGGCAACAUAAGUUGCUAUGUUGCACGUAGGUCAUGGACAGUUGGGGUUUUUUGCGAAGCAGGGCGUACCUCCUUGGCUUCAACUCAGGCCGCAUUGAGAACUUCAGGGGCUUAGAAUAGAACAUCCAAGUAUGAUCCAAGUCUCUGAGUCUUAAGUCUCUUGAAACACUCACUUGCCCAAAGCGAAUCGAC